CGCGCCGCCUCCCCGCCUCGCCGAGUCCUUCCUCCCCGGGCCGCCUGCCACGUGGGGCCGGAGCCGCGCUGCCGGAGGCCGGCUCGCUGCUGGGGCCGGAGCUGCGGAGCAGUCGCCUCCGCGACCCGGGGUGUCUCCCGCCGCCGGGCUCGGUGAGGCAUUUUCACUAACCAUGCAGCGCAAGAAGGUAGACAAUCGCAUUCGAGUGCUAAUUGAGAAUGGAGUGGCUGAGCGACACAGAACACUUUUUGUUCUAGUUGGAGACCAUGGGAAGGAUCAGGUGGUUAUACUCCACCACAUGCUAUCUAAAGCAACUGUGAAGGCCAGACCCUCAGUCUUGUGGUGUUACAAGAAGGAGCUGGGCUUUAGCAGCCACCGUAAAAAGCGAAUGAGACAACUACAAAAGAAGAUUAAAAGUGGAACUUUAAACCUAAAGCAGGAUGACCCUUUUGAGUUGUUUAUAGCAGCCACAAACAUUCACUACUGCUAUUACAAUGAGACCCAUAAAAUUCUUGGUAACACCUUUGGCAUGUGUGUACUCCAGGAUUUUGAAGCCUUGACUCCAAACCUGCUGGCUAGAACUGUUGAAACAGUGGAAGGAGGUGGAAUUGUGGUGAUUCUCCUCAGAACUAUGAACUCACUGAAGCAGCUGUAUACAGUGACCAUGGAUGUUCACUCACGCUACAGAACAGAGGCACAUCAGGACAUAAUAGGGAGGUUUAACGAAAGGUUCAUUCUGUCUCUGGCCUCUUGUAAGAACUGCAUAGUGAUUGAUGAUCAGCUCAACAUCCUGCCAAUUUCUAGUCACAUUGCAAACAUAACACCAGUUCCUCCACAGUCUCAGGAGGAUAGUCUCAGACCUCAGGAUCUGGAGCUGAAGGAAUUGAAGGAGAGCUUGCAGGAUACGCAACCUGUAGGCGUGCUGGUGGAUAGCUGUAAAACUCUGGAUCAGGCAAAAGCACUUUUGAAAUUUAUUGAAGCCAUUUCUGAGAAGACUCUGAGGAGCACCGUGGCUUUAACAGCUGCCAGGGGACGUGGUAAAUCUGCUGCCUUAGGACUGGCUAUAGCUGGAGCCGUGGCUUUUGGUUACUCCAACAUCUUUGUGACAUCUCCCAGUCCAGAUAACCUUCACACACUAUUUGAGUUUGUAUUUAAAGGCUUUGAUGCACUGCAGUACCAGGAACAUCUGGACUAUGAGAUUAUUCAGUCUCUGAACCCUGAGUUUAAUAAAGCAGUCGUCAGAGUGAAUGUGUUCAAGGAGCACAGACAGACUAUCCAGUACAUACAUCCCGCCGAUGCUGUGAAACUGGGCCAGGCUGAACUUGUGGUGAUUGAUGAAGCUGCUGCUAUCCCCCUACCUCUGGUGAAGAACCUGCUGGGGCCUUACCUUGUCUUUAUGGCUUCUACGAUCAAUGGUUAUGAGGGCACUGGUCGGUCGUUGUCCCUGAAGCUGAUUCAGCAGCUCCGGCAGCAGAGUGUACAGGCACAAGCCAGCAUGACCGCAGAGAACAAAUCUACAGCUACGGCUAAACUCGCCUCAGCUCGUACAUUGCAUGAAGUCUCCCUUCAAGAGUCAAUCCGAUAUGCCCCUGGAGACCCUGUUGAAAAAUGGCUCAAUGACCUGCUAUGUUUGGAUUGUCUCAACAUCACCAGGAUCAUCUCUGGCUGCCCGCUGCCUGAAACCUGUGACCUAUAUUAUGUGAACAGAGACACCCUCUUUUGUUAUCACAAAGCGUCGGAAAUUUUUCUCCAGAGGCUGAUGGCUCUCUACGUGGCUUCACACUACAAGAAUUCUCCCAAUGACCUCCAGAUGCUUUCAGAUGCUCCUGCUCAUCAUCUCUUCUGCCUUCUGCCACCAGUCCCACCUACCCAGAAUUCCUUGCCAGAAGUACUUGCUGUUGUUCAGGUGUGUCUGGAGGGAGAGAUCUCUCGCCAGUCUAUCAUGAACAGUCUGUCUAGGGGGAGGAAGGCUUCAGGAGAUCUUAUUCCAUGGACUGUCUCAGAGCAGUUCCAAGAUCCAGACUUUGGGAGCCUCUCGGGUGGACGUGUUGUUCGCAUUGCAGUCCACCCUGAUUAUCAAGGGAUGGGUUAUGGCAGCAGGGCUCUGACCUUACUGCAAAUGUACUAUGAAGGCAAAUUCCCUUGCCUGGAAGAAAAAAUGACUCCGAAGCCAAAAGGAAUUACUACCAUAAGCAGUGAGGCUGUCAGUUUGUUAGAAGAGGCUGUGACACCUCGGAAGGACUUGCCUCCUUUACUUCUCAAACUGAGUGAGCGACAAGCGGAGAAUCUAGACUAUCUGGGGGUAUCUUAUGGUUUGACACCAAAGCUGCUCAAAUUUUGGAAACGUGCUGGAUUUGUACCAGUUUACCUAAGGCAGACUCCAAAUGACCUGACUGGUGAGCACUCCUGUAUCAUGCUGAAGAUGCUGAAUGAGGAAGAGAGUGAACAGGAGCACUGGCUCGCUGCCUUCUGGAAAGAUUUCAGGAGGCGGUUCCUGUCUCUGCUGUCAUAUCAGUUCAGCACUUUCCCACCUUCAUUAGCAUUGAACAUUCUACAGAACAAGAAUAUCAAGCAGGAGUUGCAACCCCCAAUCAGCCGUCCUGAACUGGAAGCUGUGUUCAUCCCCUAUGACCUGAAGCGGUUAGAGAUGUACUCUCGAAACAUGGUGGACUAUCACCUGAUCAUGGACACAAUUCCCGCUGUCUCCAGGAUGUACUUUCUAAGCCAGCUAGGAGACACAUCCCUCUCUGCUGCGCAGUCUGCCCUUCUUCUGGGGAUUGGUCUGCAACACAAAUCCAUGGAUGUGCUGGAAAAAGAGAUAGAACUGCCCAGCAGUCAGCUGAUGGGCCUCUUCAAUAGGAUCAUCCGCAAGUUCGUUCAGCUGUUCAGCAGGAUCCAGGAGAAGGCUGUGGAGGCGCAGAUGGCAGUAACAAAGGAAGUUGUAAUGGAGCCAACCCUGAAAUCUUUAAAUGAGGACUUGGAAGAAGCAGCAAAGGAAUUCCAGGAAAAACACCAGCAAGAAAUGGGGAAGCUGAAAGACAUGGACUUUUCACAAUAUAUAAUCCGGGGCGAUGAUGAAGAAUGGAACGAAGUGCUGACCAAAGCAGGACAGAAUGCUUCGAUUGUCAGCCUGAAAAGUGAAAAGAAGAGAAAACUAGACAUGGAAAAAGGACCAAAACAACAAAAGAAAUUCAAGAAGAACAAAGAUCCAAAGCAGAAGUGGAAGAAAUGACUUUGAAAAUGAUAAUGGACUCGAAUAACCAGGAGCAAGCUCCUGUCUAAGGAGCCCCAUCCCCUUUUUAAAGCAAGGACUUCUCUUGAAGAAGCAGUGUCUGGAGGGGAAGGGCUUAGAGGCCCUUUUAAAGAAUAUAUAUUAAGGAAAAUGUAGUGACCUCGCCAAGAGAGGCUGCCCAUAGGGAUUUUUAUACUGUGUGCCUGGAGAGCCUGGUUUGAUGAGAGGCACUACACAACAAACUAGACUAUUACAAGGGUGCCUAAAUGGCUAGGAAAUGUCAAUUCCCAGGGCUAAUCAAUCCAUAAACAACUUUCCCCCAUCUUA